AUGGUUUCUGCUCGUGCUCUUGAGCGAGCUAUUUUGAACUCCAACAUGGAAUACUCGAGUAUUAGAGUUGGCAGAAUGACCAUUCCACAACAACAUGGCAAUGUAUCAUCAUCGGAAGCUGUUGCUCCUUCUUCUUCACAUCAUCAUCACCACCCUCUCGCGACCAAUAAUAUAUUACACAAUACUCAGCCUCCACCAUCAAGCGUUUCAAAUUCUUCAAUGCUUGGUAAUCAUGACAGACCACCACCACCACCUCCAACCUUGAACGACGGAGAAGGGGGAGAAGGAAACAACAACUCGCAUGGAUUUCUUCACACCAUGGUGAAUGAUUUAGAAAGCAAUGAGAGCUUUGUAGAGUUUUUUGAAGUGUUUCAAAAACAAGCACUGGUCAUGAUUAUGAAUCAAAUUCCCAACUCACGUACUCCAAUAUCCACUCAUUCCAGUAAGACUUUGGGAGAAUUAAUAUUUGAUAUGCUACAAUUAUAUGUCAAAUUUAAGGCUAGCAAAGUAAUGAUGAAUGAAAUUUUCAGAAUCUUGAAUGCACUUCUUCCAGAUACUUGUAAGUUGCCUUUCAAUGUCAAUACCUUACUCAAAAAGAUUAUUAAUGUAUCCAAGCAAUAUCAAAAAGUAUAUCAUUGCUGUGAUCAAGUAUGUGAAGCUUCUAAUCAUUACUGUUCCAAAUGUGGAAUGGAUUGUUCUAAUAGUUUUUUCUGGAGUAAAUCUAUUGAAACUUGCACUUCAGAAAUGGUGGACUUGAUUGGAUUGAGAAAUUUUAAAGCUCAUUGCACUGUUCAACCAAGUAUCGAUGAAAUUAAUGACUGUAUAGACUCGAUUGAAUAUGAACGAGUUGUGAGAGGCUGGAAAGAACCGGAUGCCGUGUGUAUUACCCUCAUUGGUGGAGGUGAUUCAGGUUCUGUUAGCAAAAGCAGCAGAAAGAGUGUGCUUCCUCUUGUAGCGUGGAUUACUGAACUGCCAUUGCAAUAUAGAUAUUCAUUUCCACUCACCAUGCUGCUUGCAUAUAGCAACAAACCCAUUCCAUUCAAUACUCUGCUUGAUCGAUUUAUUUCUGAAUUAUUGAUAUUGAAUCAGGGAAAGGAAUGUAAAACAGAACAAGGUGUGAUAUAUCGUCUCAAGGCAAGAUUGUUCACCUUUCUAGUAGAUCUUGAUGCAUGUUACGAUUUAUUGUGCAUGACCAAUCAUGCUGGAACUUCAAGUUGUCGAUGGUGUAAAAAGAAUGGUAGAAAGAUUCAAGACCGAACCAUUUACAGCUCGGGUGGAAAUGAACAGGAACGGGUUUGGUCUGAAAUUGUUGCAAAUUACAAAUUAAUGCUAAAGGGAGAGAUUCAACAAUUUGAUGGUGUUAAAGGCUUGUCCAUACUGGUGAGACUACCAUACUUUACAUGGACCACACAGAUUGCUUGUGAUUUGUUACAUAAUUUACUUGAAGGCCUUUGUGCAAAAUUGUUGAACUUUAUCAAAAACAAGUACAAUAUUGAUACUAUUAACAACAAGCUAUAUGAAAUCAAAACACCUUCGUUCUAUCAUCGAAGAGUCCGUGGAUUGGAUGAAUUGAGUUAUUUCAAAGCAAUUGAAUAUUAUAUAAUAUUUUCAUAUUGUAUUGAGGUUUUUCAGGAUGAAAUAUCAGACAAUCAUUAUCACAUUCUCAAUAGACUUUCUACUUUUAUACGCACCAUCAUACAUCCAGUAGUGAGAAGCCUUGAAGUUCUAUACAGUAUGAAAAAGGAAAUUUUUGAAAUAUUACAAGCCAUCGAGACAGAUUUUAACAUUAUUAUUUUAACACUGGCUUCACAUACUGUCGUUCAUUUUCCUCUGUAA